ACAUUACAUUACAUUACAUGAGUUAACUGUUCCUUCUUCUACUUCACUUUCCAUUCCUUAUAUAACCCUCCCCUUCUCCUCCUAUGUUUUCUUUCUCAUCUCAUAAUUUUUUAUUUUCAUUUUUUUAUUUUCCUUUCUUUUUCUCUUAGUAUGAUUGAUUAUUCAGAUUGUUAGACCUUCCUUUCAGCUUUCAACUUUGUCACUGUACCUUUGAUUGAUAGGAUAUUGAUUCCUUGGAUACAAGUUUCAAAUGAAUCCAACUGGAAGCUUGUGUGCUAACAACUGGGCAAGGUCCUCUUCUUCCUUGGCCCCUACUCGGAAUGGAUUACAAACGAAUUUGUCCUCAGAUCCUUCCCCUUUUUAUAGGGUGGGAAUUGAAACACCUUUCAAAGAAAUCAACCAACCAUCUCGAACUCCGUCUGUGAUUCCGGGUGAAUCUAACAUUGAUAUUAAGAUCACUGAUCAGGAAACAAGUAAACUUCAAGAUUGGGAUUCUAGUGUUAUGUUGAAUAAGCUUUCGUUUUUGGAAGAAAAGGUUCAUCAGCUCCAGGAUCUAGUGCAUUUGAUUGAUACUAAGAAGUGUCAACCUUUUGAACAACCUUGUGAACUUGUGACUCAAGAACAACAACUCAUCACAGCUGAUUUAACAUCAAUUAUUGUUCAGUUGAUCUCUACUGCAGGGAGUCUUCUCCCUUCUGCUAGGAACACCGUUACAAACACAAGUCCAUUGCUUGGACAGCUUAGCCAGCUUCACGGGAUUAGCCUUCCUUUUGGAACAGGCACAAGUUGUGGUAUUCAGCCACAAAAUAAUAGUGCUAAUACAUUUUUCGAUCAGUCUAUUCAGAACAAUGUACCUAAUAAUUGUGAAAUGGGGCAAAACAAUACUGUGGAAGAACAUGAACAUAAAGACGAAGAAGAUAUGGAAGAGGGAGAGAAUCUUGCUCCUGGUUCAUAUGAGAUUUUACAACUAGAAAAAGAAGAAAUCCUUGCACCUCACACACAUUUCUGUACAAUCUGUGGCAAGGGCUUCAAGAGGGAUGCAAAUCUUCGAAUGCACAUGCGAGGCCAUGGUGAUGAAUACAAAACUCCAGCAGCCCUUGCAAAACCACACAAAGAAACUGGGUCCGAACCGAAGCUUAUCAAGAGGUAUUCGUGUCCCUAUGGUGGCUGCAAGCGUAACAAGGAUCACAAGAAAUUUCAGCCUCUGAAGACUAUUUUAUGUGUCAAAAACCACUACAAAAGAACACACUGUGAUAAGAGUUACACUUGCAGCAGAUGCCACACGAAGAAGUUUUCAGUCAUGGCAGAUCUGAAAACUCAUGAGAAACAUUGUGGCAAGGAUAAAUGGCUCUGUUCAUGUGGCACAACAUUUUCAAGGAAAGACAAGCUUUUCGGACACAUUGCUCUUUUCCAAGGCCAUACACCGGCUAUUCCUUUGGAAGACAACAAAGUAUCUGCCGAGCCACCUGAUCGAUGUGAUACCAGAGAAAACAGUGCUAUGGUAGGAAGCACGAACUUCUGUUUUGGAUCAAAUCCUUCAAGUGAAAAUGGAGUUGAUGGCAUUAUGGAUGUGAAAGGUAAUAUUGAUGAUCCUAUCAAUUAUUUCUCAUCUUUGAACUUUGAAGGCUGUAACUUUGGUGGGUUUAAUGAAUUUCCCCAACCUCCAUUUGAAGAUUCAGAAGGCUCUUUCUCUUUUCUCAUGUCGGGUUCGUUUAACUAUGCUCCUAAAGCUGGUGGUGAAUCAUGUUCUGACAAUCUGUAACAGUUUAUGUUGGGGUUAAUCUACAAACUAUCUAUGUUUUCUUUAGUACAUUGUUAAUGAAUAAACUUUUUGUUUCUGUUAGUUUUGUAAAGCCAAACCAAGUAUUUUGUGUAUUCGCCAUUUCUUAACAUAGAAAAAUAUUAAUGUUAAUUCUCUAUUGAAGCUUUCAUUAUUAUUUAUACAAACGAUGGUUAUGUGCACCCACAUACCAUUGAAUGCAGAUUUGGAGGA